UUGCGUAUUAUUUUGUAUUAUAGUUGUGAAUUUUUACUUUAGUAUGUAUAUAACAAAGUGCCAGUAAUCAACUGAAAAUCAGAAAAAAUGGAAUAUAAAGAUAAUUUUAUGAAAAUUUUCAAAUACUACAAGUCCAAUAAGCCUCAACCAUCCUUUAAAGAGGUAAUUUCGCUUGGUGAAGAAGUUUAUAAGACCAAAAAAGUAGUGAAAAAUAAUGUUAACAUCUCCGAAAUUGACCACCGAUUGCAAGAACUGGGCUUAGAGAAUCAAUUAAAUUGGAAUAUUUAUUCUUUUUUAAAUCAUCCAGGUUUAAUUUUUAUACGAAAUCCCUUUACCGCUCUAGGUCAAAGGUAUUGGAUAAAACAAUGUCUAGAAGAAUAUACAAAGAAACCCAAUAAACUAAACAUUGACAAUGAAAUAUGUUUACAAGACUGGUGGAGUGAAUGUGUGAAAGACGAGAACAACAAGUUUUACAAAAAAUUGAGAUGGACAACACUGGGGUACCAUCACAACUGGGAUACAAAAGUAUACAGUGAGGAUAAUAAGAAUGAAUUUCCACAUGAUCUUGCCGAGCUAUGUAAAGUUAUAGCUAAGGCUUUAGGUUUUGAUGAUUUCCGAGCUGAAGCGGCUAUUGUCAAUUACUACCACAUUGGAUCCACCCUGUCAGCACACACAGACCAUUCCGAAGUUAACUUAGAUGCACCUCUACUUUCUUUUAGUUUUGGGCAAUCAGCAAUAUUUUUGAUUGGUGGUAAAGACAAGUCUGUGGAACCCACACCUAUUUUAAUUAAUAGCGGAGAUGUGGUUAUAAUGUCUAAAGAAGCGAGACUGUGCUAUCAUGCAGUUCCUAGAAUUUUAAGGUCCUCUAAUCAACCAUGGAAUGACUUACAACACAAAGAGCCGCCAAGUAAAAUAAAGAAGACAGAAGAAUCGGAAACAAAUAAUUUUAGAAUAUUUUCUAAGUAUGUUGAAGAGUCAAGAAUAAACAUAAAUGUUAGACAAGUAUUACAUAAAACCCAGAAGAGUUUGACGGAUGCAAUAUUAUGAUUUGUAUGGCAUAAUAAUU